AUGAAUAGAAUAGAAAUUAUUAAAAACCAUUUAUUAUUUUCACAACUACAACCACAACCACAACAAAAACAAUUUAAUAAUAAUAAUAAUGUUUUAAAAGAAAUGGAAAAUAAUAAAAUUAAAAUUAUAGAAUAUAAAAAUGGAUGUAAAAGAAUAAUAUUAAAUAGAAGUGAAGCAUUGAAUUCAUUAACUAUGGAAAUGUUAAAAUUUUUAUCAGAAAAACUUAAAGAAUUUAAUAAUGAUGAUAAUUGUAAAUUUGUAAUAAUAAAUAGUAGUACAGAGAAAUCAUUUUGUUCAGGUGGUGAUAUUAAAGAGUUUUCACAAUUGUCACGCUCAUCAGCUGGUGUUAAUGAAUUCAUUAGAGUAGAAUAUGCAAUGGAUCAUUUAAUUCAUACAUUUAAUAAACCAAUUCUAUCAUUCGUUAAUGGUAUUGUCAUGGGUGGUGGUGUAGGUCUAAGCAUACAUUCUAGUCAUAGAAUUAUAGGUGAUAAUGUUCAAUGGGCAAUGCCUGAAAAUAGAAUUGGAUAUUUUCCAGAUGUGGGUACAAGUUAUUUUUUAUCUAGACUUGGUUCAAUUGGAUUAUAUUUAGCAAUGGUUGGGGUAAAGAUAAAUUCAAAAGAUUUGAUAAAUGUGAAAUUGGCAACUCAUUAUAUACCAAAUGAAUUAUUUGAAAGAACAUUGGAAGAGUUAUGUAAUGAUGAUGAUAUUGAAGGUUAUAGACAAAUUGAAUUCAUUUUAAAUAAGUAUAGAAAGACAUUGUAUCCUGAUAAAGAGUCUUCUCAUUUAGUUCUUUAUCAAUCAAUAAUUAAUAGAUGUUUUAAUAAUAAAGAAUUUAAAUCAGUGAAAGAGAUAUUGAAUCAAUUGAAAGUGGAGAUUGAAAAUGUGGAUAAUAAAAACAAUAAAGAUGAAAUUGAAUGGGCUUCAAAAACAUUAUCUAUACUAUUAGAUCAAUUAUGUCCGACAUCAGUUUGUGUCUCAUUUGAAAUUAUUAAACGUGCUUUACAAAUGAAUAUUGAUCAAAUCUUUCAAAUGGAAGUCAGGGUUGGUACUAGAUUGGGCAAUAGACAAGAUUUAACUCAAGGUGUUUUCAAAACUUUAAUUGAUAAAACUCAUAAACCAAUUUAUUCACCUUCAUCAAUAUAUGAUAUAAAUCAAUCUUUUAUUGAUUCUUUCUUUUUACCUUUUGAUGAUGGUGAUGAAAAAAAAGAAUUUUCAAUAAUCUAA